AUGGUCGGCCCGUGGAUGCCUCAACUCCUGUCGCGGGCGGUGAUCCUGGCGCUCUUUUUCAUUCCCCAGGCACGGCCGGCAGGCGUUUUCGAGCUUCAGAUUUGCCGCCUCUUCUUCAGAGUCUGCCUGAAGCCAGGGAUCCCAGAGGAGGCGGCGGAGUCUCCGUGCGCUGUGGGCGCGGCGCUGAGUGCGCGUGGACCGGUCUACACCAAACUGCCCCGGGCUCCAGCUCCUGACUUGCCGCUGCCCGACAGCCUGAUGCGCGUGCCCUUCCGGGAUGCCUGGCCGGGCACCUUCUCUCUCAUCAUUGAAACCUGGAGAGAAGAGUUAGGAGAGCAGGUUGGAGCGGCAUGUCGAGCCGGCUGCAGCCCAGAGCAUGGCUUCUGUGAGCAGCCUGAUGAAUGCCAAUGCCUGGAAGGCUGGACUGGGCCCCUCUGCACCAUCCCUGUCUCCAGCAGUACCUGUCUCAGCUCCAGGGGCCCGUUCUCUGCUGUCACUGGAUGCCUCAUGCCUGGUCCUGGGCCUUGUGAUGGGAAUCCUUGUGCCAACGGGGGCAGCUGUAGUGAGACACCCGGAUCCUUCGAAUGUACCUGUCCCCGUGGGUUUUAUGGGUUGCAAUGUGAGGUGAGUGGGGUGACAUGUGCGGAUGGACCUUGUUUCAAUGGCGGCUUGUGUGUGGGAGGUACAGACCCGGAUUCUGCCUACAUCUGCCACUGCCCACCUGGUUUCCAAGGCUCCAACUGUGAGAAGAGGGUCGACCGGUGCAGCCUGCAGCCAUGCCAAAACGCUGGCCUGGUCUGCGCCUGCGCGCCCGGCUACAUGGGCGCGCGCUGCGAGUUUCCCGUUAACUCCAACGGCGCGGACGACGACGGCGACAGCGUAGGCGCCUUGCCCGCGGCCCCGCGGGGCCUGAGGCAGGGAGGCCCGCAGCGCUUCCUUUUGCCGCCGGCCUUGGGGCUGCUGGUGGCUGCAGGUUUGGCCGGCGCUGCGCUCUUGCUGGUCCAUGUGCGACGCUGUGGCCCUGGCCGCGGUACUGGGUCUCGCUUGCUGGCGGGUACCCCGGAUCCAUCCGUCUUUGCGCUCCCAGAUGCCCUCAACAACCUGAGGACGCAGGAGAGGCCCGGGGAUGACCCGAGCCCGUCAGUAGAUUGGAAUCGCCCCGAAGAUGGAGACUCUAGUGAGAUUUACGUCUUAUCUGCUCCUUCGGUCUAUGCUGGGGAGGCCUGACCUCUCCUUCUCCAUCAGCGCCCGGAGACAGAGCCUGGGUAUUUUUGUAUUUACUUGAUGGUGCCCAACCAAUCUCCGCCUGACACUUCGGAGUUCAAGCUGGAAGGGGUGGCCGGGAGAAUUUUACAGCUGGAAGUACAUAAUGGUUAUUUAUAUCAUUGAGUUUUUUUCUUUCCACUUC